AUGUUCAAUGUCAGGGAAUUUGUUGAACAAUAUCUUAUUGAAUGUCAAGCUGAAGCUUAUCCUGAAGCAAAUAUACAAUGGACACAACAUACAGGAACAUAUGCUAUUAAAUUAACAAAUGAAGUUAGAAAAAUAGAAUUAGCAAUAGAAUUAGCAAUAACUGAAAGACUAAUUGAAGUUGGUAAACAUUUUAUUGAUAUAAUUGUUUUAGAAAACGGUACGAUUACAUUUGAAUGUGUUUUUACUAAAUCAAUUGAAUGUGUUAAAUGGCUUUAA